AUGGGGAACAUGAUUAGAACUACAUGUGGGUUUGGCGUGCAUAAUCGUUGCACGCUUGAUUUUGGACAAGUGGAGGAUGGGGAUGCUGUAAAUACGAUGAUUAGUUGGCUUGGUGAUCAAGUAGAGAAGAUGGAGGACAGCUUUCUAGAGAAAGUUUCUGCUGAAGGAAAUGUGAAUGCCUUGUUGGCCAGCAGUGACUCAAAUCAAAUGGAGAAACUUGAGAAACAAGGUCCUGUUCAGCUGGAAAUGCUAAACAAAUAUGCUACAGACUUGACCCCAAUGGCAAAAGAGGGCAAGUUGGAUCCUCUGCAACAGGAACUUGAAUGUGUCAUCCAAAUACUGUGUAAAAGAAGGAAGAAUAGCCCAUGUCUGAUUGGCGAUCCUGGUGUUGGAAAAACUGUAAUAGUCGAAGGCUUAGCACAGAGGAUUACAAAUAAUACUUCUUCAUUUAAACUCCAGGGAAAGAAGAUAUAUGCCUUGGAUGGGCGGCUUAUAGCUGGAGCAUCGAAUCGAGGAGAAUAUGAGGAGAGGUUGACAAAUUUGAUAGAUGAAGUAAAACUGAGUGAAGGAUCCAUCAGCUUCUUCAUUGACGAGGUUCAGAUUCUUAUUGGUGCUGGUACUGGAGGACAAGCACUAGAUGCUGCUAACAUCAUGAAACCUGCCCUUGCAAGAGGAGAAUUAAGGUGCAUUGGUGCCACAACAUUUGAUGAAUACAAGAAGUAUAUUGAGAAGAGCUCCUUGAAAAGGCGGUUUCAGCAGGUUUUAGUGCCUGAAUGA